CUAAAUGUGAAACAAAAAGAGGAACCAUGACUUUGCUCUUAUAUAUCACAAGUUUUCCUCCACAGUGCAAUUCAACACAAGACGUUGUUCAGGGAAACCUACAAUGGCGUACAACUCCACAGAGAGCGGCGGAAGUGUGACCGGCAGCGGUGAAGUGGAAUAUUUGUGUGAUUGGGCGUAUGAAACGUUUGAAACCAUCAAUGGUGCCUUCUUCAUUUUGAUCUUCAUCUUCAGUGUCACAGGAAACUGUCUCCUCUUAGGUGUUCUCUUCGUCUACGAGAAACUGAAAAACGUCACAAAUAUAUUUGUCCUGAACCUGGCCAUCUCCAAUUUAAUCUUGACUGUCACACUUCCAUUCUGGGCCGUCUACCAUCUGCGCCACUGGGUCUUUGGCGAGUUCGCCUGCAAACUUAUAACUGCGGCAUUCAUUGUUGGUUUGUACAGUAGCAUCAUUCUACUGACUGCCAUGACUGUGGAUCGUUUCAUAAAAAUGGUGCUGCACAACUGGCUGAGCAGCUCUGUGAUGAGGCAGAGGGGUGCAAUGGUUGCCUGUGCAGCUGCCUGGGUCAUCAGCACUGCUGCAUCUGUGAGUGAUGCUAUCAAAAUGAAGGUGGAAACCUACGAUGAUGGUCUUCCCAGGUGUGAGGAUCCCUCUAAUAACAUGGAUAUCAAGCUGGGGUAUUAUCUCCAAGUGUCACUGCUCUUCUUCCUCCCAUUUGCUAUCAUUGUUUUCUGCUAUUCUGCUAUCCUCAAGACAGUGUUGCAGUCUUCAAACAGAAAAAGACACAGGACUGUUGUGGUGGUGUUAUGUAUUGUUGCAGCCUUCUUCAUCUGUUGGGGACCUUACAAUAUUUUGCUUUUCAUCAUGUCUUUGUAUGAACCCAAAGAAUGUAAUGCAAGGAAACGCGUGGUGAUUGCCGAUUAUAUUUGUCGUAUACUUGCUUAUUCACACUGCUGUAUGAACCCUCUGCUGUAUAUGCUCUCACAAAAGAUGCGAGGGCAUCUUUUGGAUAUUUUACACUGUGAGAAGGCUAGGAGGAAGAACAGGGAGAGAGGCACAGGCCAAAUCACUUCUGUUAUUCAGAAUGUAGCUGUUACAGCACCAAACUUUGCUGGUGUAUUGGAGCUACACUGCAAGUAAACAUUCACUCUUGAAAUGAAACAUCUGUAAAUGUUUUUCUGUAAUAUAGUUUAUAUUAAUUUAAUUUUACCUAAGUUUGUAUUUAAAACAGAAGGGGGUCUAUUUUUAUGUAAUUAUUGUAUACAUAUGCCAAGUAAAUGAUGAAUAUGUGUAAAAAAAAAUAAAAAAAAAUAAAAAAAUCUAAAGCAUAUCGAUGUGUAUGAUAAUGUGUGGGAAUGCUUUCACUGCUGCACUUU